GCUAACCAAUCAGAGGACAAGUAAGACAAGCUGCUUGGCGUUGGAAACAUAUCAGUAGUGGAUGUUUAAUCAACCGGAAUGUAUUUUGUAAUGACUGCUGCAACGUUUGUGGUGCUUUGAACGAAAAGAUGAUUCACUGUUCAAAAAAAUGCGAACCGGAACAAAGGGGGAUUUCUAGACUCAUUCCCAGAGAUUUAACUUUGUACGCAUAAUGCCUUAUUUUACCAAACUGCUGUUUUUACUGUUUUGCCUGAUGCUUAUUGGAGAGUGCCGAAAGCAUAGACGUAGGAACAGGAGGUGGACUGGACCCGUGGAAACUCUCAAGCAUGGCAAUCCUUUAUCAAAGAAGAUGGUAGAUGUGACCAAAGCACGUAAAGUGAAGAAAGACCACCUACUUCGAGUAGACGACCACGAUUUUACCAUGAGGCCAGCAUUUGCAGGCCCUGCCAUUCCUGUCGGAGUAGAUGUCCAGGUGGAAAGCCUUGACAGUAUUUCAGAAGUAGAUAUGGACUUCACCAUGACGCUUUACCUCAGACACUACUGGAAGGAUGAGCGCCUGUCCUUUCCUAGCAGCACAAACAAGAGCAUGACCUUCGACGGUCGACUGGUGAAGAAGAUUUGGGUGCCCGAUGUCUUCUUUGUGCACUCAAAGAGGUCCUUCAUUCACGACACCACAACAGACAACAUCAUGCUCAGGGUUUUUCCUGAUGGCCAUGUACUGUACAGUCUGAGGGUCACCGUAACAGCCGCCUGUAACAUGGACUUCAGUCGCUUUCCUUUAGACUCGCAGACCUGCACGUUAGAGCUGGAAAGCUAUGCCUACACAGAUGAAGACCUCAUGUUGUACUGGAAGAGUGGUGACGAGUCACUGAGCACUGAUGACAAGAUCUCUCUGUCCCAGUUCCUCAUUCAGAAGUUCCACACCACCUCCAGGCUGGCUUUCUACAGCAGCACAGGAUGGUACAACCGGCUGUACAUCAACUUCACCCUGCGACGCCACAUCUUCUUCUUCCUGCUCCAGACCUACUUUCCCGCCACGCUAAUGGUCAUGCUCUCCUGGGUCUCCUUCUGGAUCGAUCGCCGUGCGGUUCCCGCCAGAGUGUCGUUGGGGAUCACCACGGUGCUCACAAUGUCCACCAUCAUCACUGGGGUCAACGCGUCCAUGCCCAGGGUCUCCUACAUCAAAGCUGUGGACAUCUACCUCUGGGUCAGCUUUGUGUUUGUAUUUCUAUCGGUGCUGGAAUACGCCGCAGUCAACUACCUGACUACGGUGAAGGACGGAAAGGACCGGAAGCUCAGAGAAAAAGCCAGAGAGCAGCAGAACCUGCCCUGCACCUGCGGGAUGUCCCACACCAGGACCAUGAUGCUGGACGGGACAUACAGCGAGGCGGACACGAACAGCCUGGCGGGCUACACACAGGCGCCCAUGGGGCCUGACGAGCCCGAGAAGCCGGAGCGGAUGGUGGUGCACCUCUCCCUGGACAGCGAAUCCAGCGCCGCCAAGAAGAAAGGACUGCGCGGCUUCCGCAUCAUCAACAACACCCACGCCAUCGACACCUACUCCCGCAUGAUCUUCCCCGGGGCUUACAUCAUCUUCAACCUCAUCUACUGGUCCGUGUACUGCUGAGCCCUCCCAGCGAUUGGCUGGAUGUCCUCUGGAAAGGGGGGGAGGGGCAGAACGAUGAUGUGAUUGGUUGGGACUCAAGGACACACCUCUUGGAACUGAGAAAAGGGGUGGUGGUCUUGCGCUGCACGGUAGCUGAAGGGGCCUGUCGUUUUGUUGUCGGAUCCUUCCCUCCGAAGGGACUUGCUGAGGAUUUUACAGACCUACUGUUCAGUGUCUCCCAGUGUAAUGCAAUGAAGCUGCAGACAGUCGGACUGGAACAGGACUGUUUAUUUAUCUUUAUUUAUUUGUUCCACACUCUGUCAGUGCAGAAGCAGGAAGACACACGUCCGUUAAGACGACAGAAUAACAUAAGUACCAGAUCACUUGCUUUCGCAAUUCUUUGUCUCCUGCUCUUUUAUCUUCACAUUAGCACAUGUGUGGUCAGAACCAUUUCUGGGUAAUACUGUAGGUGCGGAACAUGUUGCUGUCAGCUUUGUCCCCAGUCAGACUCUUUAGCCUCACACCACCUUAGGAUUUCAUUUUGAGCAUUGAAAUCCUCCUGAAAGAUUAAAUGAAUUGUUUUUGUGGUAAGAAUAUAAGAAAAACCAAAGUGGCAGUAAUGUGUUUGUAUGCCAACAGCUGUAUGCUAAGGAUAUCAUGGAGUGCCAUGCCAGAAUUGAAAGGCUCCUGUCCUCCUCUGGUCAUCUCUCCAAAAUGCAAGAAACGCAGACACAGAGCAAAUGUAAUAUCCCAUGUUUCACUGUGGAAAGGUAGCCUUAUAAAGCCGUGUUAAAAAUGAUCUGAGCACGUGCAUCCACCUGGGUUGCAAACGUCUGAAAGACUUUCUUCAUAAUUUUGCUUGAGAUUAAAAAUAGAGAGACAGAGAAAAGAUGCACAGUGAACCAGGGCUGCCCAACCCUGUUCCUGGAGAUUUUCCGUCCUGUAGGAUUCCCAACCUUAACAAAGCACACUUACUUCAACAGCUAGAGAUCUUAUUGAGCUGCAAAUCAAUAGAAGCAGGAUUGACAUGAAAACCUCCAGGAAUAGGGUUGGAAAGCCCUGAUCUAGACCAAGCAAUGGUUUACAGUAUCUAUAGAAAGGCUGGCUUUCCUCAAAGCACUACCAGUGUGCUGGAGGAUUCUUAAUAAAAACCUGUUGGUUUGUUCAUUCGUGUAUUUGUUUUUGGUGCCGGUAGACCCACGCCAUCUUACCUUAAUAAGCUGCAGAGACUGUACAGGGCUAAAGAGGUGUUUUAGUGUAUUAUUCCAAUAUCAUGGUUACCAUAUUUGAUUGAUCAUUUUGUUAACAUUUUACCUGAAAUGUCACAUUAUGGAGCCUAUAUUGUGCCAGCUUGUUAUUUCUACAUUGUUCUGCUAUUACCGGUUGUAGUAGAGUAUCUUAUGACAACUGGAAAGCACGCUUCUUGCACAGUAUUGUUUGUGAGCAAUUUGUGAUUGACAUAUCUGUUGGCUGCAACUGUGAGUCUUCAUAGAAACAUAAUGUUGGGAAAGUAAUGCUACUUGCUGAAACAUUCCCAGGUAAAAUGUUACAUUGAUUAAAUCCACAAAAUGGCUCUGCAAAGACUGAGGGUGAAAAAGGUUGUUUGAAUUUUGAAUAUAUUUACCCGUUUGAACAGCCUUACUGGUUUGAAACGGCCUUAACUAAAACUAUUUGUCAUCUUUUAGAAUUGGAUAUGUCUCAAGAUCAAUUCAUGAUUUCACAGGCAACUUUAUACAGUAUUUUUCAUCUGCCAUCUAGGUGACAAUUAGUAACAUUAGACAUGUAGAUAGCAGAACACAUGAGUGGGGUCCACUGGACAGUCCACAUUUCUACACACAUCUGUUUUUCAGUCUUCUUCCCUUUGGUAUCAUGGCUUCAUUUUUCUCUGUAAUAAUGUCAGUCUGUAGGGCUGCGACUCUGGAAACAAACACACGCAGAGUCGAACAGACAGACCAAACACUUAUUAUGGUCACAGACCAAUCGUUGUUUCUGAAAAUGUCAAGAAUGUAUGCUGUACAUACAGCUGUAAUAAAUAAAAUUCGGUGAAAAUCC